CGUACCAUAUCCUGCAGAGAACGCCUGCUUCAUUCGAAAUGAAGCUCGCAGCUAUGUUUGCGAGCAAUGCUGCUGAUUCCUCUCACCACGGCUUGCAAGCCUCCUUCACGCCCACCAUGCGCUCGAGCAUCAUCUUCCAGCGGCUUCUCUAUCAUCCUAUCCAUAUCACUAACCCGUAUACCAGUUCUUCUCUUGACCAGGCUUGAUCAAUUCAGUUUUUCAUCUCUUACUAACCUCUCCCCUAACUGUGGUACCUGUCCAAACCGGCAUCACGGUUGCUUCUCUCACUCCAGCAGCUCCGCCAUCCAAGCAAGAUACAUAAUUCUCUAUCACUCAUGCCAUUUGGUCUCACAGUUCUUUCUCUCAUCUCGUUCGUGCUCACAAAAGCAAACUACCUCUUCCUCAGCUCUAACACUACAACACAUACACAAGGACGAGCAAUAGGAGAUGCUCGUGCUUUCGCCGGGGGACUACCUCCUCUAUCAGCCGGCAGAUUCUAAUCUACCGCCUUGGCCAGCUGUAGUCUGCACUGAUGACCUGGCUCCGAACAAAAUUGCUUCCGCUCGGCCUCAUGGGUACUUCACCUUGAUCUUGGUGAUUAAAGAGAGGUUGGAAUUCCGCUAUGCAUCGACGGGGGAAAUGAAAACAUAUGACUAUCCUAAUCCAGACGAAUUUGCACGGACCCGGGGCCUGGGAACGGCCUAUGACCGUGUGCACGAGGCGAUGGACUCGGGAAUGGGGCUGUGUUAUUGGAGAAACACGACUGAAGACCAGCGUGCUGAAGAAGCCUCCUCGGACUCAAGUUCGACCUUAAGCUCAGAUGGGGACUCCGGGUUUGACAAAUCCCAAUUACGCCUAGCGAGAAAGCUCAGUCUUGCGGGCCAGGAAACCAGCGCGAGAUCCGCCUUGCGAACACCCCCUACGUCUCCUCCGCAACCACGAAAACGGCAGAUACUCCCUCUAUCGCGCUCAUGUGUGAACGAUUUGCCCGAUAUCCGAAACCAUUUUCCUCCGGCCUCAUCUUCAACUUCUGGAGCAAACGCGGUCAAUGCAAAUCGCGGCUCAGUCCGGGCUGAGGAUGCACUUGAAGGCGAAAUUUCCGAUAGCAGGGAAUUCGUAGAGUUCCUAGUUGGUCCGGAGAAAGAGUCUUUCAUGAUACCGAAGAAGGAAAUGGACCUUCGUACCAGUUUCUCCGACCGUCAUCACGGCUAUCUCCGAGCUAAGGGGAAGAAGACAUGGACGAUAGAUAUGCCGUGCCUUGAGUCAAUAUACCCGGAGGACUUCCGUUACAUCGCCGACUUUAUGCUCACUGGCGAAUUCGGCCACCGGCGCGUAGAGGACGACGAGCAGCGAGCCAUCGCAAUGGCAGAGUGUGUCGCAGCUUGGGAGGUUGGGGAGAGGCUCGGAAUGGUCGACAUCCUUGAUCGUAUUGUUGGCAAAAUGGAGCAUAUGAUGCCUUGGAGCACGGAAGAAGUGCUCGCUUUCGCCAUCGUGGUCUACAGGACGGAGGAAGCCCCGUUGUCUGUCUAUGAGACUAUGAAGGCAAUGCUCACGGAUUUCAUCGCCGACAACUUCUACGACUUCGUCAAGGUCCAUGGCGAAAACUUUACCGAUCGAUUUCAGCGGAUCCCCGAGCUGGAGGAAGAGGUCUAUCGAAAGAUGUCGGAGCGGGCUAAGCAAAAGCGAGAGGCGGAGAUGGAGUACGGUUGACAGUGUUGACGAAGUGCUGACCAGGGUCGUCAGCGUUUCGUUUUGUUUGGUUCCUUGGGACGUCUUUUCAUUGUUUCUCCUUCAUUUCAAGCGUCUUUUCAUUUCCUAACGACCCGAAUCCUCUUGGUCUCUUUCGAUCCCUACGGCUCUUCAAAUGCAUAGUAUUCCAUACACUUGCGGUAAGCUCACAGCAAAAAGUAUAACAUCUCGAGCAAGGGGCUGUUCAAUGUAGUCUCGCGAUGUUCUCCAGUCAAACGAAAUGGGGAGCCACAUAUUUCCUGGAAUCGCUCAAAUUGGCAAGGGCUUGUUCUAGCCAAGUACUUGGUGGCGUCCAAUCUUGGGAAGGAGUUAGCGAAGGCGGCUUGCCGCAUCCCCCAGAACAGCCCACCUCGACUGACAUGAACUCAAUAUCUCG